AUGGGGUCCAACGAGAUGCCAGCCGAUGCCAGCGCCCAGGAGGCCCUCGGAGGCGCGCACGAGGCGCUGGGCCUCGCGGCAGCCUCCAGUGAGCCCAGCUGCAGCGUGCGUGGCGAGGAGCGCGCCGCGAAGGGCGUCCUCGGCCGCGCGCACCCGGCGCUGGAGGGCGAGUACUGGAAGCGGGAGCAGGGCAACAUAGUGAAGAAGGCCCAGCUGUGGCUCCGCAAGCUGCCCGCCGGGCAGCUGAGCGGCGUCAAGCGGCGGGGGCGCGGCGCGGAGCGCCCCCCUGCGCAGAGCGGCGGCGGCGAGGCCGCAGAGGCGGAGGGAGCGCGCUGGCUGGGCGCGCGCGGCGCGGCGGGGCGCGGGGCGGAGGCGGCCGCGCGGCCUGGCAGGCGAGCGGCGGAAGGCGGGCAGGCACAAGGGCGCCACGACAGCGACACCGUAGCCCAGCGAGUGACGGAGAGCGGCGACCCAGAAUCGGAGCCACUCCGGGGUGCGCCAGGGAAGGCGGGCGAAGCGGAAGGAGAGGACCACGCCAGACGGGGGGGCGACGUGGGCCAGGGAGGCCACCAGGGCGGGGCGUGCGCCGAGACCAGCGGGCUUACGAGGCGCAAGAAGCCGCGCUGGCGGGGCAAGGCGCCGCAGGAGAGCGGCAGCGUCCGGCACAGCAGUAUCGGGUGGACGGGUGCGAGGCCCGCAAACCAGGCAAAAGGGCGGGUGCCGAACAGGACGCGCAAGGCGGGGCGCCAGGCGCCGCCCCGCCUGGGCAGCGGCGCGCGAUGCGGGCAACUCGGCGAGGCCGUCGUGGGGCGGGACGAGGAAGUGGACGGCCCGCUGUGGCAGGAGGCGUCCAAGAACCUCAGGCACUCGCCGCUGCGCCCGCUGCCCGGCGUGCUCGGCCCGGGCCUCUUGCGACCUCCAGACACGAGCCCGCCGGCGCAGGCAAGCCAGAGCCAGCUGCACACGAGCCCGGAGCGCUGGCGGCCGCGCCCCGCGACGAACGCCCCGGCCAGCGCCAGCCGCAGCGCCCCCAACCUGCACCUGGCGACCGGCGCCGCGGCGGCCGCGCAGUCCGCCGCCCAGCGGCCGACGUCGCCGUUCGUGGCCACCGGCCAGCAGGUGCUGCACAGGAGGUCGAGCCCGCGGGAGAUCGAGCUGGACCACCUGGAGAGGGCGUUGCAGUCCCAGAUGGCCCAGCUGGAGAGCCAGCUCCACCAGGCCCAUCGGUUCGGCAAAGACGAGCACGGAAAGUGA